AUGGCCGCACGUCGCCAGACCAUGGCUGAGUACUUCAGCCUGGAGCCCGCCGAGUCCCGCCUCUCCAUCCCGACACCAGCACGCAUACCCCUCGCCGGCAUGGUCGGUUUCGGCAUUGGGACAGCCUUGGGUAUUGCGCAAGGAGGACAGACGGCCUCGCUGCGUUUCCGCGCCGAGCACGCACACAAGAUGCCCACCACCACCACCGGCUGGUACCUCUACCACAAAAGCAAGAACUAUCACACCAUUCACGGCGGCUUUCGCGAAGGCCUACGCAUGGGCGCAAGGCUCAGCUUUUGGACCAUCAUGGCAUUCGGCCUCGAGAGCACCGUCGACAGAUACCGCGGCAGUACAGACCUCAUUAGCACCGUGCUUGCCAGUCUGACGGUAGCCGGAGGCUUCAGUCUCGUCAAUCGCUUCUCUCUGCCCACUGCAGCUCGCACGGCACGUUACGGCCUACUUUUUGGAGUGCUGUACGGCGGCAUGCAGGAUAUUGUCGGCUUCGCCCGUGGCCGUCCUAUCGGAUACGUCGAGUUCCUUCGCAAGCGCUUCGGGUCCACGAAGGCAGCUAAAGUAGAGGAACCACAGCAUCCCUAA